CAAUGCAAAUUCGUUCGUCAGCAGCUAGCGGCUAGCCAGGUAUUUUGUCGUCCAGUCAAGUUGAGCGGAGGAAACGAGUGCGUUGCGUGAGAAAUCUCGCUGUCGUACUGGUACGGUGUGCGAAUUUUUUGUUCGUCAUUUUUUCCCUGGCUGGAUUAUUUGGACGAUUGAAAUUGGCGUAGUGUCACAAAUUCCCACCUUGGAAUAUCAAACCUCCGGAUCGGUUUUCCCCAUUUUCUGUACGCGAUGGCCGGAUUGUUAUCGAUCUCGUCGCGAAAUCUUCCACGGAAUGCCUUGCGAAUCGGCCUCCGCUCGCUGGAAGGAACCAACCUGCAGGUUAGCAAGGCUGUUAAUUCGCGGUCCUAUCGCCAGGGGUCUAACGUUUUGCAGAAAUUAGUUCGUGCGACAGUCACGCAUGGCGCCCAGGCUCAAAAUCCUGCUACCACUAGUGCAUCGAGAUGGAUACAGACGGAACGUGGUAUUUUCACUUCGGCGCGGCUGCUUAGCUCGGACAUCGUUAAUGUGCCUCCUUUUGCCGACUCCGUUUCGGAGGGCGAUGUGAAGUUUGACAAGAAGGUUGGCGAUGCGAUUGCUGCCGACGAAAUUGUGAUGGAAAUCGAAACGGAUAAAACCACGGUUGGUGUUCCGUCGCCUGCCCACGGUAUCAUCGAGGAAAUUUUUGUUUCGGACGGAGACACUGUUAAAGCCGGUCAGAAACUAUUUAGGAUGAAAAUCACUGGAGAGGCACCCAAAGCCGCAGCUAAGCCAGCUCAGGAAGCGGCUCCGGCAGCUGCAGCUGCGCCACCACCACCACCUCCGCCACCUCCAGUGGCAGCGGUAGGUUCGAGAGCAGCCCCACCAUCACCUCCACCACCGCCAGCAGCGGCAGCGGCUCCACCACCUCCUCCGGCGAGGCCUGCUGGUCCGAUUAGCAAAAUGCCCGUCGCUGCCAUUCGUCACGCGCAAGCUAUUGACGCUGCCACGGUUAAGGUUCCACCGUCUGAUUACAGUAAGGAGAUUACAGGGACAAGAACGGAGCAACGUGUGAAGAUGACUAGGAUGCGUUUGAAGAUUGCAUCCCGGCUAAAGGAAGCUCAAAAUACUAACGCAAUGCUGACUACUUUCAACGAGAUUGAUAUGAGUUUUAUCAUGGACUUCCGCAAGCAACAUCUGGAAGCUUUUCAGAAAAAGUACGGAAUGAAGCUGGGCUUCAUGUCUGCCUUUACGAAAGCUGCUGCCUACGCCCUGCAGGACCAACCCGUGGUGAAUGCAGUCAUCGAAGAGAAUGAAAUCGUCUACCGUGACUACGUAGAUAUUUCGGUUGCUGUCGCUUCCCCCAAGGGUCUAGUCGUGCCAGUGCUGAGAAACGUGGAGGGGAUGAACUAUGCAGACAUUGAGAUUUCUAUCGCUGGGCUGGCCGAUAAGGCUAAGAAAGGAACGUUGGCGGUAGAGGACAUGGACGGUGGUACUUUCACCAUUUCGAACGGUGGAGUGUUCGGUUCGCUGUUAGGAACUCCCAUUAUUAAUCCACCGCAGAGCGCAAUCCUCGGAAUGCAUGGAAUCUUUGAGCGACCGAUUGCUGUGAAAGGACAGGUUGUCGUUCGGCCAAUGAUGUACGUCGCGCUGACUUAUGAUCACCGACUGAUCGAUGGUCGUGAGGCUGUGAUGUUCCUACGUAAAGUCAAGGCAGCUGUCGAGGAUCCUCGCAUUAUGCUGGGCGGUCUUUAAGCUACAAACACUGUUCUACUUAACACUAGCGAACCCAGUCAGUCGAAGUAAUUGUAGCAUCACGACAAACAGGCAAUUAUUGUCGACGACAUCAAUAGUAUCGAGACAAAAGUAACCAUACAAUAUUCAAACGAGAAUCUAACAGCUACCAAACAUAGGACGCAGAAAAUGAAAAUCCAGUUCUAAACUCACAAGCCAGAAAAGUGGCAAGGUUCGUUGUAGACUCGCACUGCUUUGCCGUUGUUGUUCAUUAAGAAUAAAUAAAAACAUACACUUUGGUGCUUUUAAGGAAGACUUCAAAUUGUUAUCGUAUUUGAUACGGCGUUUUUCGUUGGACGCAAUUGCCAAUCGUUUAACUACCCAAUCUGUCAUUCAAGUACUGUAUCAUCUAACUGCAACUGUGUGUAGUAAAAACAAAUCGAAUAUGAUGGAAACAUACAUAACACAAUGAUAUCAUAGUUGCCAGUCGUGCUAUGUUUUGGACGGACCAAGGCAGUUGUAUUUCUAUUAAUAUUUGGCGCUACAGUAUGUCACACUAUUCAGAACUUCUAUCAAUUUUGAGAACAUGAACAUCAAAAUAAAUGAACAUGGUAUCCAAUACAA